UAUGUAUUUUUCCAAAUUUGUCUAUCAACCUAAUACUCAUGAAUGCAGAACAUUUUUGGUUAGUUCUUAUGAUGCUAGGAUAAAAAUUGAAGUUGAUAAAACAGACAUUGAAUAUUCAUUUGAAUGUCAAGAUGAUUAUGUAGCAUUAUAUGAUGGAAAUGGAAAUAAACAAAAACUAGUAAAGAAAUGGUGUGGGAAAACAGAAAAUUUUACAUUAAUGGCUUGUGGACCAACUUUUAUUUUUGUUUUUCAUUCUGAUAAUGAUUUUCAGACUGGGAAAGGUGUGUAUAUGCAUAUAUCUGCACAUGGUCAAAUAGAUCCAGAUAAUCCACCAUCAACAGGUGUUACAAUCGGCGUUGCUGUUUGA